ACAGUUACAUCUGAUGGAAGCAUCCUUGCAACUGGAAGUUAUGACACAACAGUAAUGGUUUGGGAAGUUUUUCGUGGUAAAACCACCGAAAAGAGAAUUCACAACAGUCAGUCUGAGUUACCCCGUAAGAACUAUGUCAUAAUUGAAACUCCAUGUCAUAUCCUUUGUGGGCAUGAUGAUAUAAUAACUUGCUUAUAUGUUAGUCAUGAGCUUGAUAUCAUAAUUAGUGGAUCAAAAGAUGGAACUUGUGUAUUCCAUACCCUGCGAGAAGGUAGAUAUGUUAGAUCCAUACGACAUCCAUCAGGCAGUCCAAUAUCAAAGCUAGUUGUCUCUCAGCGUGGUCAGAUUGUGAUUUAUGCCGAUGACGAUCUUAGUUUGCACCUAUAUUCAAUUAAUGGAAAACAUCUUGCUGCUUCUGAAUCCAACGGACGCCUUAAUACUGUUCAGUUGAGCAGAUGUGGUGAGUUUUUGGUUGGUGCAGGUGAUCAGGGGCAGAUUAUUGUUCGCUCUAUGAACACCUUUGAAGUUGUUAAGAAAUAUCAUGGAGUUGGAAAGAUUAUGACAUCUCUGGCAGUAACCCCAGAAGAAUGCUUCUUGGCAGGCACAAAAGAUGGAAGCCUCCUUGUGUAUUCGAUAGAAAAUCCUCAGCUUCGGAAAACUGGCCACAACAAAAAUAUGAAAUCAAAGCUCACGUAACAGAAAAGAUGACAAUAGCAUGCAGAAGAUGUAUGGGGAAUUUUAACAUUUAGACCUGCCCUGUGAUGACUGUUCCAGGUGCACCGGCUGACUACUACAUAGUUGGGGUUAUGCUAAUAUUUCUUACAUGUUGAUCUUGUCAUAUUCUUCCCUUUGGAGUUUUGGGUGUCAUCCCCUUGAAGUGCUUGGCCUGUGGAUACUGUGAAGAUAGGAUGUGAGACCACCAGCUUUACCUGGAUAUAGAAAGCAUAUUUUUAUUUCUUUCAUACUGGAAUAGAAGAAUUGAGUGGAUUAUCAUUUACUUUUUAAACACCAUGAGACAGCAAUUAGAUUCCUGGAAUCAGUUUUCUCAUGCUAUAGAUUAUAGGGGGUAAGGACUCGGGGUUUUGUUCAUACAUGUACAUUAUAUUCGUUAAUUCUUCGUUAGGUUCUCUUGGAUUCUUGUGCACUAAAAUUGUAGCUAUGAGCUGUUGUUUUUGCGUUCCUCUGUUAACACAACUAUAAUGUACAGACAGGCUUCAAUGCCUUAUCUUACAGCAAAAGGAUAACUCUUCACCAAUGUUUGUAUCUGAUGAUGUUUC